UUGAAAAUUGCAUUUGUCUAAAUGAUUUAUUUUACCAGGUUAAAGCAAGGUUAGGUGGUCGCCUUCGAUUGGUAGUAUGCGGCGGGGCACCUUUGAGCACUGAAGUGGAAGAAUUCUUACGGGUUACUUGCUGUGCCUUUCUAGUCCAAGGCUAUGGAUUGACGGAAACUUGUGGGCCAGUUACUCUUGGAUACCCAGAUGAGAUGUGCAUGGUUGGUGCUGCCGGUACAGUGGCCGUAUACAAUGAGCUACGCCUGGAGGGAGUCCCAGAUAUGGGCUACCAUCCUCUAGCUGAUCCUCCUACUGGUGAGAUAUGCGUGAGAGGCAAGACUCUUUUUACCGGUUAUUACAAAAAUGCUGAACUAACUAGAGAAGCUAUUAAAGAUGGGUGGUUUCAUACAGGGGACAUAGGUCAGAUACAUCCUAAUGGAGUUGUUAAGAUUAUUGACAGGAAAAAGAAUCUUAUAAACCUAUCCCAAGGAGAGUAUGUGGCCCUUGAAUAUCUGGAGAAUGUUUACAGCAUAGCUCCUAUUGUUGAAAAUAUUUGGGUCCACGGGGACAGCUUCAAGUCCAUGUUAGUAGCAGUAGUUGUGCCACAUGAAGAAAGCACCAAAAAAUGGGCAUACUCAAAGGGGCAUACGGGUUCAUUCUCGCAACUUUGUUCCCUUGAUCAGCUACACGAUUAUGUCCUCUCAGAGCUACACUGUGUAGCCGAUAAAAAGAAGCUGAGGGGCUUUGAAUACAUAAAAGGAGUCAUUCUGGAUCAUCGCCCCUUUGACAUGGAAAGGGAUUUGGUGACUGCCACAUUGAAGAAAAGAAGAAACAAAUUGCGCCAAAAUUUUCAGGUGGAAAUCGAUGAGCUCUAUGGGAAACUGGCUGCUGGAAGACGUUGAUGUCCGAGUCCAGUCGAGAUAGUGCUGUGCAGGUUGGUUUCCAUAUUUCUUAAAUAAGAGCUUUUAGUUUAAAAGAG